AUGGCGCCGCUCGCCUGCGCCUGUAGACUGCCUCUUCCUCCGCCCAGCCGUGGCUACAGACCCGUCAAACGAGCUGCUGCACUGCCUCCACUCCCCGUGCAGCACGCCCUCGCCCUGCUGGCCUCUCCCAGGCAGGCCGCCGCUGCCUCGUGCCCCAUCACUGUGGCCACCCGGCUGGUCUCCCUCGCCGGCGAGCCUCCGUGGCUCCUCCUGCAGCGCCGCAGGCAGGUUCCCGUCGCCCCCAAGCUGAAGGCCCGCGCCCCUGCCUUCUCCCUCUCAGCACUGUUCGCGGCGGCCCCCCCCGCCGUCCGCUACAUCUCCCGCGCCGCGCCGGGUCCGACCGUGUGCCGCCUCCCCAUCGCCUCACCGCGCCGCGUGCGGCGCCGCUCGCCUCGCGACCGGCUCGCCUUCGCCGCCUGGCCUCGCGUUCACCUGGCCUCCCGCCGACCCCAUGCCGGCUACCGCCCCGAGCCCGGCGAGCACCCUGUGGCUCUCGUCCGUGUCCGCCUCCUAUGCGCCGACUGCGACCACCCGGUCGGCCUAGCUGGCUGCCGGCCCCCAGCUAGCCCGCUGCCGGCUCCCGCUGUCCUCCUCCGUGGCUCCCCGUCUCCCCCUGCCGCGUUCCAACGCCGGCUCGCCGCCGCAGCCAGACCCGGCUGCGACCGCUCCGCCUUCCCGCACGAGCCGGCUCCGCUGCCCCAUUUCGCCCUGUCCCGCGCGUCGUCCGGCCGCCGGCUCCGCGUGCGCCUCCUCGCCCCGCCCUCGGCUAUGCCCGGCGCGCCUUGGCCGGCUCCCUCUCCCCCACUGAUGUGGCCGGCUGCCCACGCGGGGGCGGGCAAAGAAAAAGAGUUGAGCCGGCUGCCAACAGCCGGCCUAGAGAAAAAGAAGGAAAAUGUUGUUGUGCCCCGCGACGUUGCUCUACCGUCCGUCUGCCGAGCCUGCCUCGCCAGCUGCCCGUCUGCUUCAACUCCGGGCCGACUGGAGGGUCCGUCCGGCUGCCCGUCCGCCUGCUUCGCCACUCGGAUAGCCAGUCGUGACCCGCCCUGCCAGACGCCUCCGCCCGCCCGCGACGCUGCUCCGACUACAGCCCAGCCUGCCCGUUCCAGCGCCCGGCCUACUGUGCCAAGCCGGCCAGGUGGCCGGUCCGCCUCGACACCUAACUGGUCGGGCCCGAUCGGCCGGGACCCCCCUUUGAGCAUCCGGAGGCUCGAAGGCUACCCGCAACGGACUAAUCUUGUCUUUUUGCAUGAUAAUCUCCGUGGGGAACCCCUCCUCGCCCGGAGGCUCGGAGGCUGGUUACAGGCCCGACACCGGCUGCAACUAGCAUUCCCGGCUGCCUCUGCUACAUCGACUGCAAAAACCCUCCGCCCAACUCUUCGAGUCGCCCGGAGGCUACACCCAGUGGGUGCGCUGGCGCGCCCCCCACUAGAAGCAAUCUGCGCCGGCUGCAGCCCGCAGCCGGCGGUCAUCGACAACACCAGUCGGCGGACCUCGCGUCUGCGCCCGACAACACCAGUCGGCGGACUUCGCGUCUACGCCUGA